AUGAAGAUUUGUGGCAUCAGUAAUACUGACAUGUUCAGUAUUUUUGUAUAUUUCAAUAUUGUGCAGUUUGUAUCAUGUUAUUAUUCUGUCAAAGAGGAUAAAGAAUUAAGUAGAUUUUUCACUGAUCUAUACAAUGCAGAUGUAAAUGCAGUUGAAAAUGGUAAAGAUUAUCGAUUAAAUUUACAAGGAAAACUAGCUAGAGGAAUGGAUUCUGUAGAUUUGGCAUCUAAACCAUUGUUUGAAUUUGUUAAUGAAGAGAUAUUGGGAAAGAGACCUACUUUUGCAAAAUUCAUUGCAUUAUUGGAUAACUACAAUCCUCAAGUUGGUGUCACUGAAAUCGUCACAGAGCAACAACAGAAAGAGGAAGAUGACUUUAUCAAUGAAUUGCUAAAAACAGAAGUCAUGAAAAUGACUUAUAAUUUCCUUAUCGAAAGACGAAAGUUGUCAGGAGAUAUUAAAAACUUUGGAAAAUUCUUGAAGGAUUUGUGGUUCAAGCGAUAUAAACGUAGGAGUCCAAAAGACUCUUCUGCAUUUGAACAUGUAUUUGUUGGUGAACAUAAAAAUUUCGAUGUACUUGGAUUACAUAAUUGGAUUCAAUUUUAUUCUAAAGAAAAGAAAAAUCAAUUAAACUUUUUUGGAUGGACUAGAAGAUUUUGUAAAGAUCAACUUAUCACUGUAACAUAUGUCAAUGAAAAUAAAUAUAAAAAGCCAAUUGGAAGUGUUUUUGUUGGAUCAUCUCCAGAAUUCGAUAUUGCUGUUUAUACAGUUGCUUUUACACUACAUCCUACAUCUGUAUUUGAAGUAAAUAUCUCUGGAUGUAAAAUACGUAUAACAUGUCAUGAAUUAUCUCCUUCUGAAAUGGGUACAUGUUAUAUGGGGUAA